AAGAGCCAAGUUAUUUAGCUCGAGCAAGCCCGCUAGAAUAUGUACAUCUUUAGCCACACAUAUGUGAAAACACAGUUGUCUUAAAUUAGACAAAUACCUAUAGAUACCAAUCUCUCUCUCUCUCUCUCUCUCUCUCUCUCUCAGAUUUCAGCGGAGAGGAAGAAGAAGAGCCGCUCCUUCAUCCUCCCUCAUCUUCUGGUUCUCCUUCUUUGAUGGAAUAUCAACCAAAGGUUGCAUUCUUAAUUUCCACAUUCUAACCCACCAUUAUCACAAUGAGUUCUGCACCCCCGCCACCCUACGUCGCCCUAUCUGAGAACAACGGAAGCCUCCGUCCCCCUCCCUACCGCCGCAAUGUCCCCCGUUACCAAUCGACCCAUCACAAGAAAGGCGGGAGUGGUUGCCUCAGAUGCAUAUGUUGCUGCUAUUGCCUCCUGUUCCUCUUCAUCUUCAUCGUAUCCGCAUUCAUCCUCUAUUUCUACACCUUCUACAAGCCUCAAAUGCCUUCCUACCAUGUGGAAGGCAUGACUGUCCAAGCUUUCGACCUUCAAUCUGAUUUCAGCCUCCUCACCCAGUUCUUGGUUACAGUGAAGGCUGAAAAUCCUAAUGAGAAUAUUGGUUUCAUCUAUGGCCGCGAAAAUGCUGUGACCGUCUCGUAUAAGGACUCCACGCUUUGCACUGGGAAUCUCCCUCACUUUCACCAGGGGCACAAGAACACCACCAUGAUGAAGGUUUUGAUGAGUGGAAAGAGUGAAUUCGGGUCGGGUCUUCAGGAGGCCCUCAUGCAAAACCAAAACUCGGGGCACAUACCGUUGCUGGUUCAAGUCAAGGUGCCCGUGAACGUUGUGGUGGGAGAAUUCCCUCUGAGGCAUUUCACAGUUUCUGUCAAUUGCUCUUUGGUCGUGGACAACUUGUCGCCCAACAAGAAGAUUGGGAUCGUGUCGACUAAGUACAACGCCGGUGUUUCGCUCUGAGUUUGACAAAAGCUUAUCCUUCGUGAUCUCUCUCUCCCUCCCUCCCACUCUCUCUGUCUCUCUUCUUGCAUGGGAAAGAAAUCAGAUAUUCUCGUGUCCUUGCUCAAGAUGUAAUAUUUCUGUUGUUUACCAUGGGUCGAUACAUUUUUUUAAAACCAGCUAUACAUAAACAUUGAACAUA